GGCCAACGCAUCUGCCGUCAAUGUGGACUCGCCUGCCGCUACGAGGACAGCAAGUGCGUCGAGAAGUGGGGUCCUGGUCCCAAGGGCCCCGGCACCGUCUGUGAUCGAUGCCGCAAGAAAAUGAAGCGCGUUGAGCGGCGCGGAACGUUGGACUCGAUGAGUUUGAACGCCCACCUCCACAACCAGCCUUUGGCAAUCCGCCCCUCGGGCGCUCCACAAGCGGCCCCAGGCUCGUACCCCAACAGGCGCAGCUCGCACUCGGGCUCGGACCGCUCCGUUCACCAGACUGACACCCUCCCCACCCACCCUUCUCACUUGUCGCGCGCCCCCAGCCUGAACGGGCUCUCCUCGAGCGCCGUCUACUCCCAGCAAGAUCGCGACCGGGACUAUGACUGCGAGAACGGUGCGUCGCCGUAUCACCGCUCGUCUCAUCGUGGCCCUACCCCGCCCAGCAUCGCCACGCUCCCGCGGGACGACUACGACCGCCUCCUCCACCCGUCCUCUGCCCACAAGCCGAACGGGUCGAUGGAUGGCCACGCGCGGACCUCGUCCAGCCGGUCUGUAAGCCGCUCCCCGCACCCGAAACCCGCAGCCACGACGGAGAACACAGGUCGCAGCUCGUCGCGCGGCUCGAAGUCGUCUGUGUCCGACGGCGAUGCGGAGGGCGAGGACGCGGACGACGCCGAGGCGGAGGUGGUCGACGGCGAUGCGGACGCCACGGAGCGCAACACCUCGACGGACGAGGAGUGGCUGAAGAAGGAGGACGCAUGA